UAGCAUUGGUAGCCGCGAAAAGUCAAAUAUGGCAGCUUCAUUGGUUGUGCCAGUCGUUGAUGUUCACAAUGAUAAUUUCAAAGAACUUUGGCCUGCGAUGGUUGUGGCCAUUAAAACGUCAUCGUUCAUAGCGUUAGACACGGAACUGAGUGGCCUCGGGAACAGAAAAGCAUUGCUGGCUGAAUCAGUGGAAGACAGAUACAAAGCCAUUUGUCAUGCAGCACGCUCUCGCUCCAUCCUCUCCCUGGGCAUCGCCUGCUACAAGAAGCAAGACCUCAAGGCUGCAGACACGUACCUGGUCCAGGUGUACAACCUUACCCUGCUGUGUUCAGAGGAGUACAUCAUCGAGCCCCAGUCAGUCCAGUUCUUGGUGCAGCAUGGAUUUGACUUUAACAAACAGUAUGCUCAUGGAAUAUCCUACUUAAAAGGCAACAAUAAGGGAGGGUUGGACUAUCACGGUGUCCACAUCAGAGCCUUAUUCACUGAACUGCUGCGGUCCAGGAAACCCCUGGUUUUCCACAAUGGCCUCAUCGACAUGGUCUUCCUUUACCAGUGUUUUUAUGCUCAUCUGCCUGAUCGUCUGGCUACGUUCACAGCCGACCUGUCUGAGAUGUUUCCUGCUGGAAUCUACGAUACCAAAUACGUCACUGAAUUUGAGCUGCGGUUCACUGCCUCUUAUCUGGAGUACGCUUAUAAGAAAUGUAAGCUGGACAAUAGUCGAAGUGUAACUUCUGGAGGAGCUGGACGUCAUGUCCACGUGGACUUUUGUCAGUACGCUGGUCUGAUGUCCAGCUAUAUUGACUACAGAGAGUGUCCAGUUGCAUCUCCUCAAGGACAGCUUGAAGUUUGUCAGCGCUUCUCUGCUUUUGGUUAUUGUCCCAAUGGUAACCAAUGUCCUCUGUCUCAUGACACUGACCUGAUCAUCCUACAGGAUGAACAGGGCAAGAACGAGAAGAGAAAGAAAAGGAAGAGACAAAGAGAGAAGAAAAGAGGAGGAGGAGAUGGGGGGGUGGCAGAGGGCUCCUCUGUGUUUGAUGGUGCUCCUGAGAACAAAGUACCACACAUGGAGGUGGAGGGCGAAGAGGAAAAGGCCAAUGAAAAUCAACAAGCCGAGGUUGAUCUCUGUGCAGAAACUGAGACCGAAAGAGACGGUAAAGGGAAUGGUGUUGAAGACAUGAAAACAGAGAGUGAGGAGAAUGUGGCAGGCGGGGGUCACACCAACUCAACAAACUCUACAAUCACUGCCACAAGGGGUGGCGAGAUACACUCAAAGGUCAACACAGAGGACGGCGAAGACAGUGGAGAAAGUAGGAAGUGUAGUGAACUGCUGACCAAGUCUGAGGAGCAGAAAAAGGCAGAGGCAGGAACCCACCGAGCGGGAUUCGACGCCUUUAUGACCGGAUACAUCUUUGCUUACUCCUGUACACUGGUGAAACAGGGAGGAGAGAAAGAGGAGGAGAAGGAGCAGGAUGAGUCGUGGCAUCCUGCUUGUCUGAAUAAGGUUUACCUAAGCGGAAAGGCUGUUCCUCUCAACGUGAUGAAAAGCACUUUCUCCAAGUCAUCCAAGGCCCAUGGGCAGAAAAUAGAAAUGUUGUGGGGAAAGAAAAUGUAGUGUCCCAUAGUUUUAGCUAAAAUAAUCUUUUAUUUGUAACUUUGUGAGCUGUGAGAUUAUAGAAAUGACAUUGCCACAUUACUGUUCUUAUUUUUCUAUGAAUUAAAAAAAUGUAUUGCUUUUUGUCAUGGAA